AUGACAGGAGACUGCGCUAGCACCUGGGCGGCCUCUCAGGACACCCGUCAGCCAGGGGCAGAUGAGGAAGAUCUUGUUGGCCUGGAGAAGAGAGGACACAGAAAGUUAAUUGCAGAUGAGAGUGAAGAGAGGAAAGCAUCCAUAGCCAUGUUCAAUUAUGACUUUCUUCUGGACGCAACUGCAACAGAGAUGAUAACACCAACAACAGUGUCUAUUCUGCCGACAACAGGAAUCAUCGCCGAUAGCUAUGAGAGUCUUUACGGAAUCAACGUGAAUCACAACAUGCAGGUGUGCAGCACAUGGGGAAACUUCCACUUCAGCACAUUUGAUGGACAGUUCUUCCAGCUGCCCUAUACCUGCAACUACAUACUGACCACCCUGUGUGACAGCACCAAGACUGACUUUAAUGUCCAAAUGAGGAGGCAGUAUAUCAACAAUCUCCCCACCAUCCGCUCCUUCACCAUAAAGAUAGACGGGGUUGUAGUCAAGCUUCUUGAUGGCAACAUUACAAUGAAUGACCAGGCAUGA